GGUGGUGGUGGUGGGGGCUGAAUUUGAAGCCAAAUGAAAGUGUCCCGGGCAGCGCUGUGGCAGCGAGCAGACGGCUGAGGCUGCAGCCUGCGUGUCGGAGGGAUUGCCAAUGGUGCACUAUGACAGAUAGCGCUGCACGUUUCUGCAGUAUUGGCGCUCCUUGCCCGCCUUGGAUUCGCACGAACCGGCGCAAAAACUGAAAAAACAAACAAACAAAAAAAACACUGGAUUCUUGCGACCCACGUCUGAGGGCUUCCUGCAUUUUUUUGAAAAAAGUGGCCCUUCAAUGUCUAGAAGGGCAUUUAUGGAGAUGCCCUGUGGCUAAUCGUGACCAUGCUUUCAACUAAGCGCUCGGCAGGAGCGUGGGGAUGAAAUGGACGGAGCCAAAGGCCAAAGCACUGCACCAGCCCGCCAUGUCCAACGGCAGCAAGUCCCCCCCGCAGUCGGGAGAAGCUGCGAGCUCUAACCCCAUGGCAUGGGUUAAGAUGUUUAAGAAACCUGCAGGUGGAGGAGGCUUGAAGAAAUCUUACCAGCCUGGCAGCAUGUUGUCUCUCGCGCUCACCAAAGGCCUCCUGAAUGAACCGGGACAGAAUAGCUGCUUCCUAAACAGCGCCGUUCAGGUGCUUUGGCAGCUGGACAUUUUCAGGAGAAGUUUGCGGCACCUUUCCGGGCACUUUUGCCUUGGUGACUCCUGCAUUUUCUGCGCAUUGAAGAGCAUAUUCAGCCAGUUCCAGCAGAGUCGUGAGCGCGUGCUGCCCUCGGACAGCCUGCGGAACGCCCUCGCCGAAACAUUCAAGGACGAGCAACGCUUCCAACUUGGCCUCAUGGACGACGCUGCCGAGUGCUUUGAAAACAUCUUGGAGCGCAUCCAUCUGCACAUUGUCUCAGACACGGUGACGGAUUCCUGUUCAUCCAAAUCCUGCAUUACUCAUCAGAAAUUUGCAAUGAUGCUUUACGAACAGUUUGUGUGCCGCUGCUGUGGUGCGUCAUCAGACCCUCACCCGUUCACAGAGUUAGUACACUACGUCUCAACCACUGCUCUAUGCCAACAGGUGGAUCGCACAACGGGGAGGACGGAGCGUCUCAGGUCAGACAUGUUUGGAGAAUUGCUGCAGGCAGCAAACAACACAGGCGACCUCCGCAGCUGCCCCCGAGACUGCGGUCAAAGCAUCAAGAUUCGCCGUGUUCUCAUGAACUGCCCGGAGAUCGUCACUAUCGGAUUUGUUUGGGAUGCGGAGCAAUCCGAUCUGACAGACGACGUCAUUCGGUCACUUGGCCCACGUUUGAAUUUGUGUGGGCUUUUUAACCGCGUCACGGAUGAAAAUGCCAAACGGAGCGAGCUACAUCUCGUGGGGAUGAUCUGUUUCUCCAGCAAACAUUAUUCGGCCUUUGCCUACCACACCAAAUCUUCAAAGUGGAUGUUUUUUGAUGACGCGACUGUGAAAGAGAUUGGAUCCAAAUGGAAAGAUGUCACUUCUAAAUGCGUCAGGGGACAUUUUCAACCGCUUCUUCUGUUUUACACCAAUCCUGAAGGAACGGCGGUGUCUAAUGAGGAUGCUCCAAGACAGACCACAAUGUGUCCUCGAUACAAAGGCCAAGUAAACGGUGAAGUAACUGUGAAAAAUCCCCUUGGAAGUCCAAACAGAUUCCAGGAUCCUUUUAUGGAGAAUCUGCAGAGACCUGGUGAAACAACAAAAAAGGACAGAGUACACAGAAGAAUAGACGCAUCCCAACAUAAAGAUACGACACAUUCACGAUCGGCCUCUUCUCCUGAGAAUGGGCCGAGGGAACAAAAAUGUAAAAGCUAUCCACGCAAUGAGAGGUCAGUGAUUCAUUCCAGCAGAGCAUCUCAGGAACCACGUGGACAAUCUCGGCCAACACAGGGUGGCGGGCAAACUAAGAGGAACCACUUAUCUCCCAGUCGUUCCGAUCAAGACAGCCCCCAGGAUCAGUGGGAAAAUGGCGGGAGCGGAGGCGGCCGGAAUAAAGCAAAGUCCACUUGGAGACCCAUUCGCGAAGUGCUCAAUGUGGACACGGUACUCAACGAACUGGAGCAACGCCGGCAACAGCAACACGACAGCCCUCGACACGCGAAGACCUCGUCUCAGGAACGGACGCAUGGCGAACAAAGUCGGGACCGCGAGCGAGAACAUGUACGGACCAGAGACGACCGUAAGCAGAAGUGUUUGAUGACCAUCUACGAGGACGAGCAGCGACAUGAGACCGAGAGCCACAGCUCGGUGGAGUCGGACAGCAGGGUCACCCAGCAGAGGGGCAGCAGACUGACAGGUGGUGCCAAAACGCUGCUGAGGAGCGACACCUGGACAAUUCAAAGGACAGAGUCGGGCUAUGAGAGCAGCGACCGGCUCAGCAGUGGCUCCACAAAUCCCGACUCGCCAGGCGUUGACGGAUCCGCUGUCAGAGAGCAGCGGACAACCACAGAAACCCAGUUACAAAGCCAGCUGCACCCUAAGGGAGGAGAUGCAAAAUCGAGUCUAACGUCCUCACCGUCACACAAUGGUAAACAUCAGGCAAAACCUCAGGGAAAGAACCACGACCCAGUUUCGCAUUCACAUCUAAAGUGCAGUCCAAAUUCAAGGCGCAAGUCCAAGUACACUUCCAGCAACAGCAGAAAGGCUUCAGAGCGAGAGUGCGUGGCUCCAGAUAACAGGCAGAGCGAGCAGCAGGAGGUGACAAGCAGUCGAGGCCACGCGGGGGAAAGUGCGGCCCCAAGGCACGUCACAAAGACCAGCAGCUCGGAGUGGAACAGCUCAGAUGACCUUGCUCUCUCCGAGCCUGAGGAAAGAGAGACUUACCGCUCCAACGACGCCGCCGCCCCCAACUCGCAGUGUCCUCACGUCCCCCUGGCCUAUCAUCCCCCCGGCAACGCCGCCACAGAACCUCUCCAGCUGAGCACGACAGGCUCUCCUCACCUCCGACCCGGCCAGCGGCUCUCCCCUCAUCAGGGCGAAACAAGCGAGGCCGUUUUCCGCUCCAGGACGCUUCAAGAACCCUUCCAAGCGAGUCCUCGCCUUUCCACCUCAUCCUUCGUCAGCCCCCACAGGAAGCCUGACAUAUCCGGCCUGCGGACCUUCUCGGACGCCAGCUCCAAGUCGGGCUCGGAACCGGAAAGGAGCACCCCGUCGUCGUGCGAGAGCGACGACAGACUGCCGGGGUACAGAGCCGAGCAGGCGGCGUCUUCUCAGGAGGUUUCUCUCACCACGUACUUCAACGUGGACAACUGCAUGACGGAAACGUACCGUCUCAAGUACCACAACCAGAGGCCGCUGCUGCUGUUGGCCACGGUGCCGCGAGCAGCGGGCGCGUCCGAGCGACGGGACGCCGCUCUCGCCGCAGACACGCCAGAUGUGCAAAAAGCCAAACCCGAAUCAAGUAAUACGAGCAAUAAGCCCACUGCAAAAUGGAACCCGGUGACAGCCAAAGGCCUGGACGAACGAGGCUUUUUAUGAGGCGACCUUUUGUUUACAUGCAUGAACCGUGCGGUCACAUGAGAUUGAAACUGGAUGCCAAAGAGUUUACGGAGAACAAAAGUAUUGGGACAGCGGCCCGUUCUGCAAGCAGGGGUGUCCAAACUCGCCAAAAAAAUUGUAGAAUGUGUACGAGGGGCGGUAGUUUGAUACAUUUUUGUACAUCAAUACUGCAAAAAACAAUGCAAUGAAGGGCAAGCUAUGUUAAGUUAUUGGAAGCAAACCUUAGCUUUUGUUAUCGCCGAAAUAGUGUAAAUAUCUCUCUGAUGAGGAAUUAAUUUAGUUUUUACAUGAGAAAAACCGACUCGUGCGUUUUCGGGCCGCACUUUGGACACCCCUGACCCACAAGAAAAUAUGAAGAGUUAAUGUGCAAAAACCGACUGUCCUUGUUUCGAGGAAAUCAAUGUUUUUUGAUAGCGCUUUUUGAUGAAAAAGCCUUCUUGAUGAUAUGGGUUGCAAUUGGAUCGUUUCUAUGAUAGUCUCCAUUUGAAAACUGGAAUUUUAUCACAAAGUUAAAUAUUUUUUAAAUUUGUACACAUUUUUGCAGUAAAAACAUACGUCUAAACCAGGGGUCGGCAACCCAAAAUGUUGAAAGAGCCAUAUUGGACCAACAAUUAAAAAAAAUAAAAAAUCUGUCUGGAGCCACAAAAAAUUAAAAAGCCAUAUAUAAGUGUUAUAAUGAAGGCAACACAUGACAUAAGUGUCUAUAUUAGCUUGUGUGUGUCGCAGGCUUACACAAAUCUUCGUUGACAGAAAUGUGGAAAUACUGUAUAAUAUUCAUUCUUCCCAUUUUUACAACAUUGGAACACAUUAGUAAAACAGAAGCUUCUCAGAAUAGAAUAGACUUUAUUGUCAUUAUAUUUGCAUGUAACGAGAUUAAAGACUCCAACUUAAGGUGCGGUUGUGGGAACAAAUAUGGGGUAAAAUAAAUAACACAAGAGGUAAUAAAGGAAAAACUAGCAAUUGAAACAAACAGACUACUAUCCAAUAAAAAUAACAAGUAAUCCUGUAAAUAUACAAAACACUGUAGAAAUACAAAAUACUGUACAAUAUAUAGAACAAGACAAAAUUACCGAAGUAUAAAUAAUAAUCAGUGUUGGAUGUAUUGCACUCGAAGGGUAGUAUUGCACAGUAGGGUAUUAGGGCAGGAUAUUGUACAGGGGUUUAUUAUUAUUAUUAAUAUUAUAAGUUAGAGUUCAACAUGGUGACAGCUCUGGGUGAUAUAAGGUUUAGAUAUUACUGGCUCGGAAUGGCCAAAUGUCCAAGUUAAAGAAAAUGGCGGGCUGUCUUCUUCGAAUGGAUUUAUGACAAUCUAUGCAAGCUGAAAUGCAGGCAAUAUUACACAUUGAUAAUAUGUCAUGAGAAAUGCAGAUAUAAAUUAAAUACACAGAGGACAUAGGAAAUUAAAUGAGCUCAAAUAUACAUACAAGUGAGGCAUAACGAUGCAAUAUGUACAUAGAGCUAUCCUAAAUAGCAUGUUAGCAUUGAUUAGCUUGAAGUCAUGCACUGACCACAUAUGCCUGGUUAGCACUCCACACGAGUCAAUAACAUCAACAAAGCUCACAUUUGUGCAUUCACGCACAGCAUAAAUAGUUUGGUGGACAAAAUGAGACAACUCCGGCGAGAUCAAGAACUGCCAAAAUUAGUAGGACAAAAUGGCACUUCCCAAAUACUCUCAUCAGAAAAGCAUGUUAAAUAUAAAUAGUGGGAUUUCUAACAAUUACGAAGGUGUGUGUGUCACGUUUGUCCUCCCAGAGAAACCCUAUAAAAACAAAAAUAUAUGUUUUCCUCAUCUUUUUUUUAUUUUCAUACAUUUUUGAAAAGCUCCAGCGAGCCACUAAGGCGGCGAUAAAGAGCCGCAGGUUGCAGACCCCUGGUCUAAAUGUUUCUUUGCAAAAACAGAGUAAUGCGUAUUGGUGCCCUGAAAACGGAUCAUUUUUUUCACUGUAAUAAAUGCAUUCCAUCCAAACAAACACCUUACACUGACCGCCGCAUCUCAACAUUGUACCAUUGACUGCUGCAUCAAAAGACAGCAACAGCGGAAUAAACACAUGAUUCAGUUCAUCAUUGUAGAGAGUAGGCGCUACACACAUAUCCUAUGCUUUAUGUACAAAGGCAAUACACUGCAUUUUUCCCACCACACUGUUUUGACCUUUCUUGCUCUCACAAAUUUAUCAGGACAGCGUCUCUUUUUGCGGCAACUCGGCGAGGGCAAUAUCCGCUCACAGAUUUCAUCAAAGUUACUCAUUAUUGAUGCUUUAAUUUAGUUACAAUCACGGCAAAAUAGACACGAAACGAGCGAACAAGCGCCCUGCUGUCUUUGCAGCACAAACAUGUUCUGCAAAGACGGCAGGGCGCUUGUCGCUUUCUGAAGUAAAACGUUAAAUGCAAAAGAUAAGUUGCUUCGCUUCUGCGGAAAAUACGAUUUUAUCUACCGGUAGACAAUGGUGUAAAGUAGGGGUUUUUCUCAAUCAAAACCUUUUUGACCUCAGGGCCCAGCUUUUCCACUACAGAGGGGCCCACUUAAAGGCCUACUGAAAUGAGAUUUUCUUAUUUAAACGGGGAUAGCAGGUCCAUUCUAUGUGUCAUACUUGAUCAUUUCGCGAUAUUGCCAUAUUUUUGCUGAAAGGAUUUAAUAGAGAACAUCAACGAUAAAGUUCGCAACUUUUGGUCGCUAAUAAAAAAGCCUUGCCUUUACCGGAAGUAUGUGCGUGUGACGUCACCGGUGUGAGGGCUCCUCACAUCCUCACAUUGUUUAUAAUGUGAGCCACCAGCAGUAAGAGCAAUUUGGACCGAGAAAGCGACAAUUUCCCCAUUAAUUUGAGCGAGAAUGAAAGAUUCGUGGAUGAGGAUGUUGAUAGUGAAGGACUAGAAUUUUUUUUUUAAUAAAUAAAUAGAUAAAAAGCGACGGCUCCGGGCGGCGGCAGUGUGAGCGUUUCAGAUGUAAUUAGACACAUUUACUAGAAUAAUUCUGGAAAAUCCCUUGUCUGCUUAUUGUUUUAAUAGUGUUUUAGUGAGAUUGUAAAGACAUACCUCAAAGUCGGAUGGCUGCGGUGAACGCCAGUGUCUCAGAGAGAAGCCGAGGAGCCAAGCUCACAGCUGCCUUUUAUGACAGCUACUGCAGGAGGAUGCAUAAUCCACUGAUGUUUCCGGUAAGAGCCAACUUAAUAUCACAAUUUUCCCAUCCAAAAACAUGCUGGUUGACGUAGAGAAACAUGUUGGCUUGACCGCUCUGUGUUAAAGCUUCACAACAAACAAAGAAACACCGGCUGUUUCGGUUGCUAAAGACAGCUGCAAUCCACCGCUUUCCACCAACAGCAUUGUUCAUUAUAGUCUCUAUUAUUAAUUGAACAAAUUGCAAAGGAUUCAGCAACACAGAUGUCCAAAUUACUGUGUAAUUAUGCGAUGAAAAGAGACGACUUUUAGCCGUAAGUGGUGCUGAGAUAAUAUGUCCCCUCUAACCAAUAACGUGACAAACACACGUCAUCAUUCCGCGACAUUUUAAACAAGAAACUGCGGAAAAUUUGAAAUUGUAAUUUAGUAAACUAAACCGGCCGUAUUGGCAUGUGUUGCAAUGUUAAUAUUUCAUUAUUGAUAUAUAAGCUAUCAGACUGCGUGGUCGGUAGUAGUGGGUUUCAGUAGGCCUUUAAAUAUCACGACUAAAUUAGUAAUCUUACUGUCAAAUGUAAUCAUACUCAAUAAUUAUAUCUAGCAUAGCAUUAGUUUAACAGGAUUAACCCUUUCAAAUGAUAUAAGAGCAUGUGUUCAUCACAAAUAUUAUUAUCAAUUCUUAGGUCAGGCAGAUUGCGAAAAUAUAUACGAAUCAAAUAUACUGCAGAAGAAGGGACUCAAAAAACUGAUAAAAAAUAAAUGUAUAUACAAUUAAGCGGCGCAAAAAUAAAUGCAUUUAAACUAAAUGAAUAAUGAACAAUAACAUUCACAUACUUUUAAAUAAACUGUCAAUAAAAUGUGAGUGCAAAUGAGAAUACAGCACCAGCAUUUUAGUCAUCAUUUUUGCGCUUAAAAUACAUUUGUCUUUGACUUUAGCUCAAUACUUCUUCUCUUUGUUUGUUAUAGUCAUUACUGCCACAAGUGGUGGAAAAGUGUAUUACAGCUUAGAAAGAUUUUUUUGUGGCCCUGAAGAGCAGUGGUUCUCAAAUGGGGGUAGGCGUACCCCUGGGGGUACUUGAAGGUAUGCCAAGGGGUAAGUGAGAUUUUUCAAAAAUGUUCUAAAAAUAGCAACAAUUCAAAAAUUCUCUAUAAAUAUAUUUACUGAAUAAUACUUCAACAAAAUAUGAUUGUAAGUUCAUAAACUGGGAAAUGAAAUGCAACAAUGCAGUGUUGACAGCUAGAUUUUUUUUUGUGGACAUGUUCCAUAAAUAUUGAGGUUAAAGAAAAUGUUUAGAAUGAAGUUCAUGAAUCCAGAUGGAUCUCUAUUACAAUCCCCAAAGAGGGCACUUUAAGUUGAUGAUUACUUCUAUUUGUAGAAAUCUUUAUUUAUAAUUGAAUCACUUGUUAAUUUUUCAACAAGUUUUUCGUUAUUUUUAUAUCUUAUUUUCCAAAUAGUUCAAGAAAGACCACUACAAAUGAGCAAUAUUUUGCACUGUUUUACAAUUUAAUAAAUCAGAAACUGAUGACAUAGUGCUGUAUUUCACUUCUUUAUCUCUUUUUUUCAACCAAAAAUGCUUUGCUCUGAUUAGGGGGUACUUGAAUUAAAAAAAAUGUUCACAGGGGGUACAUCACUGAAAAAAGGUUGAGAACCACUGCUGUAGAGAGCAGUCGCGCCCAAUCAACGAGUGGUUAAAAAACAUUGGUGUACUGCGAACUAGUUAGUGGUAGUCACAAGUAAAAAAUGCGCAAAAUGGCUUUUUUUGUUUUUUUUGCGCAUGAACUCUUCAUAUAGCUCCCCUUUGCAGCUAUGCAAGGUUAAUCGCUGGCGUAUGUCCAUUUGGGAGGUCAGAGGUCCCCGGUGUUGGACCUGAGAGAGGGCUCAAAAAUCUCAGUACGGGUUCAUCCAACGGUGAUUUAUGGGCUUCCGCACCAAACUCAUCCAAGCAUGCCUUUGUGGCCCUUGCUUUGUUUAUGCACUGGGAACAGACAUAGGGCCUUCCCAAAGUGUCCCCACAAGUGUUCAAUCGUUUGUGAUGACAAACUUCAUUGAGAUGUGUCCCAAGACUUUUGUCCAUACAGUGUAUGCCCUGACCCCCCCACCCCCCACCUCCCAAAAUGUAUUUAUGCAAGCUCGUCACUUAUAAGUGAAGCCUCGUUUAAAUAUGAAAGAUGUUCUGUAUGGCUUUAUACAUUAUUAACACUUCUUUCUCACACACAUUGUCUUCCACUUUUGCUUUUCACCAACGUCUGAACACUUUAUAUGUCGCACUGCAGCUCUUUCAAUCCCAUUUUGUUGUGGGAACAUGUUUAUUUUUUUAUUCGCGCUAUAAAAAUGGAGAGGUGCUGUGGGUUUCUAACACGACGGUUUGGAGUUGUUAUAUGAUUGUUAAGGAAUAUGAUGUCAUAAGUUCUCAGCUAGAAUUGAGCAAGUGUACAGUGGAUCCGUGCAUAUUCGCCAUUCAGCAUUCACAUCCCAGCAAAUUGGCAGAUUCUUUAGCCACCCAAAAUUGAUUUAUGGUUUUUUAUUGUUGCCAAUUACUGGUUGUAUUUUUUCUCCAAAAAUAGGUUGUUUUUAAGUCUUUUUUUUUUUUGCUUGUCAUUCACUCUGAGUCAGUAAUCAUUUAUGAAUACUGCAGCUUAGGACCGCAUGUCACAGCUAGCCGUCAGGCAGAGUGACGUGGCACUACCAGUGUUGCCAACUGUUAACAAUCAAUUAGCGACAAAUCUACAGACUUUUUUUUUAGAUGUUUUGGAGUCAUGAAAGCACUUUUCUCCCUGCAGUAAAUGUUCUCAAUGAGCAGCAAGAGCUUUCAUUAACCCCUUUCUCAGAGGCGGUAAGGUUGACAGUAGCCUCACGCAGCAGUCCCAGCUGCAGUCAGACUCAGAGCAGACAGCAAAUGAAAUACCCACUGUUUCCGCCAUAGUUUACAGAGCGAAAUGUAAAUGUCGAUUUUAUUCUAAAAUAAAUCAAUGCAACUUCCCAAUCUGUGGAGUGAAAUUACUGCGAAAAUCCCCACAAACACAUUUGUUUUGACUCAUACCCAACGAUUCACAAGUAAAAAAAACAAACUGUUUUGUUCAAUUAUAAAAAAUUACUCAAGUAAAAAAAAAAACCUAAUCUGCAAGUUAAAAAAUAUUCGCUGCAAGUAAAAAAAAGAUUCGCAAGUAUGAAAACUAUGUUCUGCAAGUAUAAAAACUAUUUUCUUUAAGUAAAAGAACACCUCGCGAGUUAGAAAAAAGUAGUUUUUCAAUGAAAAAAACUAUUUUCUGUGAGGAAAAAACAGAUUAUAUUUUCUGCAAGUGCAAAAAUAUUUUUGCAAGUAAAAUGAUUGGAUAGCUAGAUAGAUAGUACUUUAUUGACUCCUUCAAGAGAGUUUCUUCAGGAAAAUUUAAAUUCCAGCAGCAGUGUACAGAGUUGACAUCAAUUUAAAAAAGUAAAAAGUAAAUAAUGGGGGUUUAAAUGGAAACAAAA